UGUUUAUUUGCCUCGCAAUUGCUGUUGUCAAUCAAUCAUCGGCGCAACUUCGUGUGAAUAGAUAAGUGUAUAUGAAUAUAUAAGUGUAUAUGCUCUGUUUAUAAUGGAAAAAGCUGUGAAAUUUUUAACUGUUUAUGGAAUGCAAACUUUAGCUUUAAUCAUCGCGCCUGGUCCCAGUUCAGAUAUCGACUACAUAUAAAUAUCGUACAUUAGCUAACACUGAUAACUCUUAGCAGCGUUUGGAACUAAACAAAACAACAACAGCAACACGGCCGGCAUGUGUGCGAAAAUGUCGAAGCGAAGCGCGGUGCAAAAUAAUUAGGAUUUCAUAAACUGUUGGAAAUCUAUUUACUCUGAUAUAAAGCAAGCAAAUUUAGCAGUGAAAUAGAAAGAAUUGGAAUGGAGUGGUAUGAAAUAAAGGCAACUGAUAGCCGACCAGUGAAUUUCCCUGACAGUUCCAUACCUGGUUAUGAGGAGGUGCUCAGCAAGCAGACCGAUGAGUGCAACAUUGCCUCUGAUUAUAUUGGAGGCAUCAUAAAUCGCGGCAACUGGGGUUGGAUAACGCGAAGGAAUGUGGAUACGGCCUCAAUUUUGAUAUGUCAGCUGAGCAAUGGAUAUCGCAUAGCCAGCUACACGUUUCUGCAGGAGAAUGAGCGCAAGCAGACGCUGAAGUGCAGCAUACGCUGUGUGGAAGAGCUGACAGUCGCAGGCAUUGGCGAUCGCGUACUCUUGGCUGUAUGCAUUAAAGUCCAGCAGGGACGAACACAGUUGGCCCUCUACACGCCCUCCAAUAGCCAAGUAUUGUGCUACAUAGAUCUGAAUAAGGCUGAGAUCAAUGUCUCUUGCAUGACUUUUCUGGAUGAGCAGUUAUGCGCUAAAUCCAAAUUUCAUCAAUUCGAUGGCUGUUUGGCUAUGGGCACAACCGCUGGCUAUGUGCAUCUAAUGGAUGUGAAUGCCAGCCAAAUUGUUGCCAAGAUGGGCGUAAAUCUUAGCCUGCACGAUACUGAGGUGGAACGCAGAGAUAUUCAUUGCAUUAAGUCUAUAAGUCUACUGGAUCCGAAUGUCAUUCGAUGCCGGCGGGAGAACAUUCAUCUGACAUUCGACGUGAAGAUUCCCACGCUUACUCCAAGUCCCAUAUCCAAACUGUUGCCAUUGGAACUGAUUUACGGCUUCGUUGCCGGCAUGCAGGAUGGACGCGUCUGUGUCUAUGAUCUAAGAAGUAUGCAGCCGGUCGCCCAGCUACGUCGGCCCGACGAGCAUUUACCGUCGCCUGUGGUUGGACUCUGUUUCAUUGAGCCGCCGGAUGAUCCGCAACCAUGCUACUACAUUUGCGCUGUUUACGAUCAGGGCGAUCGAUUGAUUGCCUCGCUGCAUUCAUUCAACUACAGACGCCCGUGCCCUCUGUCCCUGGAGAAUGGGGACUUCGCUUUGCGCGACUUUCAAGCCGCAAGCACACGCAUUCGUCUGGCAUUGGACACUGAAAGUUGUUCGUUAAUCGGCUGCACCACAGCCUCCACGUUGGCUCUCUCUGGGGAGCAUGUCACCAUACUGACGGCCAUUACCUGGCGCUCGCGCAAGGAUAAUCGCAUCAAACUAGUCCUAUUCGACAUCAAUCAAUGGUACAAGGACGAGAUGCCCACUCAUCCAAGACCACAAGAGGAUCUGAAUUAUCUGUGUGGCUUUAUCUUCAGUGGUCAGCACGCGGGACUGGCUUUGCACCUCGAAUCCAACUCGAUUAUUCCGUUUAUUUCCAUGCAACGUCAUGAUGCUUACUAUUUUCCCAAAGCGCUGUCGUUUGAUUGCGUGCUGAUGACAGUCAAAGGCUGUCAGCAAUUUGAAUAUAUGGGCGUUCAGCGUAGUUUCUUGAAUUCUCUGUACUACAAUAAGGCAAAUGUAUUUCUCAAUCCGGAUGCCUAUAUCAGGGAUAUUGCGAAACUUCGACUGGUACCGCAAUUUCAUGACUUCGAACCGCAUUCGUCAUUCACCAAGUGCGAAAUGUACGAGCUGAUUAUGUCAAUGGGACUGGAACAGGAUCGUAUGUGGCUACUGAAUAGCUGCGCCCGCAACUGCAUGGACGGCAGCUUUCUGUGCAAUAUGAUGAGCUCAACAAAGCUGACGUUGUCCGUGAUAACCAAUUGGAUUGUGAAGCGUGCCAGGCACAUCAAGCUACGUUGCUCGGAGCUAUGCCAGGGCAUCUUUGACUAUGGUGCCUAUGAACUGGAUGAGCGCGAACGCACGGAGAUGCAGCAUUUGAACGGUCAGCUCUGCAAGCUGUUCGAUUUGCAGACCUUGCUCGUAGAUCUGUCCAGGAGUCGCUUGAAUCAAGAGCUUGUCGAUGAUUUGGCUUUUACACAGCACACCCUGAAGGUUCUAUAUGAAUAUCAGCGCUUACUCUACUGGCUGAUCGAUCGCGACAUCUUGCCGGAGAGCAACCAGCAGCAGCAGCAGUCGCUGCCACUGAUACGCCGCGACUAUGACGAGCGACGAGCUCAAUUGUCACGUGCCUCAAAACACAAUGCCAAGCUCUACAUAGACGAGCUGAUGCGCCAUUAUGGAUUCCAGGCUGAAGUGCAGAAACAGCUUAAAGAGGAUGGACUCUAUCCGCCCCAGUCGCUGCAAACGCUGAUGCGUUUAAUGAUGCUGCAGGACGUCAGCUUGGAGAAGAAACACGAGCUAAUGCUAUAUGUGAUGUUGGAUUUGGAUCAGUUCUACAAGAGCGAUAAACCCGAAUUGUACAACGAUUUCGCCAUGUCAUUUGGCCUGGACGAGCCACUGGUGAAGUGUGUGCGCUCCUUUUGGUUUCUGGACAAAGGCGAUCACGAGAUGGCAAUCGACGUUCUGUAUAGAGGACGCACCGGGCAUAGCGUCUAUACCGAAUGGCAGACAAAGCAUUUGAUCGAAACGCUGAUUCGCUACAAUGCCACUCCGGCGGCAAUGCAAGUGGUGCAUUUGCCACCUGGAUUUAUUUCCUCUGAAGUUAAGCUGCAGGUGCUCUUGGCCAACAAUAAUAUACCGGAGGCAUUCCAUCAUGCGCGCGUCUACAUGGACGAUGAGGGUCGUCCGUUGCUGGAGCGUUUCUUUCAGCAUUGCAUCAUGGAAAGCAAAUUCAGUGUCCUGGCCACUCUCUGUCUGCGCGACAAUGAGGAGCAGCUCGUCUAUCGCCAGCUGCGACAUUGCAAGACCCGCGCCACUGACUGCAUCCAAUUGAUUCUGCUGCUCAAGCGCUGCAAGUAUAUCGAAGCGGUGUCCUUUAUGGACGAGGUGGCCGCGGAGCGUGAACAGAGCGACGAGACAAGUGGCAUCCUGACCGCCUACCGGACAACCAUGGCGCCCGUCACCCAAUCCAUAGCGGGCACAUAUUUCCGCCUACGCGACAAGCUGCAUGGGAAUCACUUGACGAAUUUCUCGCCGGAGCCGUUCAGCUGUCAGCUGGCCAAGCAGCACGCCACCGGUCAGAUGGCCGACAUCUUUCAGAGCUCCGCUCUGAGCGCCCACUGGGCGACGCGCUACCCCAACGAGCAAACGUCCCUAAGAUUGGACAGCCGCAAUAUGCCUUUCCUGCGCUCUGCCUCGCAGGCGCUUAAGGAGAUGCCUCAGCUGCGCCGACAUGUGCGUCCCACACCAUACCAAUGCGCCGAGAAGCGUCUCUAUCCGAGCUCCACUCCCGAUGCGUUGGGCCCGCAUUCUAAGCGGCGCCGCCUUCUGGUCGAAGAUGACACCGUUCCCAGCUUUGCCAAUUCAUCGCAGGAGGUAAUCGAUCUGCCGUAUGAACAGCACACAAUGAAUUUGGAUCUGCAUGGAUUGCGCUUGGCCAAUGAUUUGCUGCACCCGCCCAGCUAUCUGUUAUCCAAAUCAGGUGCUGAGUCGGCAACGAGCACCACGCGGGAGCAGCGUCCCGCCAUACUGAAGAGACGUUUGUCUCGACGCCAGUCACUGCAGCGUCCAAACUUCAGCUUCCUGGCGCCCAUACCGUUGGACAAGUCGAUGCAGAAUGUGGAAAUGAUGGAGAUGGACGAGGAGGAACAGACGGUCUCGGACUUGGAUGGAGAUGAAAUAUUUGUGGAAAUCGAGCAACAAUUAGAUAGCUCCACCAGGCCUGAAGCCGAACCGGAGCAGCAACAAAAUAACAUCUCGGACACUGAAUCCGAGUAUAUGUCGCCGUUGGCCUCGGCGAAUGCUUCAUUUGCUUCAUUCAGUGGAGGCAAUCGGGAGCAGGAACAGUCGCAGCAACAACUGGAAGCGAAACAGGAACCGGAACAGCAACAGCAACAGCAACAAGAACCGCCACGUCCAUUCACAAUGGCACGACCAACUGGUCCUCAACCACGUAGCUCAUUGAGCAGCGGCUUUGGCAGCUUUGCCACUGUACAAACGGGCAGCACAGCCGGAUCGCUGCAGCUGAAUGCAUUUCAGCCGCCUGUUUGCUCCUCGAAAAUGUUCGAGAGCACAUCGAGGGUAGUUAGCAGCACCUACCAGGUGAAGAUCUCGGAGCGAACGACCAUUUGCGGAGACAUGGAUGAGCCGAGCAGCUCGGCAACAGGUUGGUCCAUGCCAUCCGCCCUGGGGCAAACAGUCCAUAUUGGUUCAUCAGCUGACAAACCAAUGCCAAUGCAAAUGCUGGACACGACGCUGGGCAUGUCCUCCUAUGAUAUGACAGCAAUAGAUGCCAUGGCCGAGCAGGAGACGGAGAGGGUAGGGCAGAUAGAGCCAGAGCCAGUGGCAGUGGAAUUGCCAGUGACAGUGUCAGAGCCAGAGCCCGAAUCAGAACCAGAGCCAGAGGCAGAAUCUGACGAAGAACCAGAACUAGAACCGGAACCAGAGGCUGAAUCAAUGCCAUCACGUAGCCAAGCAAGUCCAUUGGCUUACAUAGAUCUGGACGACGACGAAGAUGAAGUCGAAGCUGAAGUCGAAGCCCAAGCCGAAGCUGAAGCCGAAGGCGAUGAUGUGGAAGGGGAUGAGGAAGAGCUGGAAGUGGGCCACGAGGAGUUGGCACCAUCGCAGCCACAUGCGUCACAGGUCAACGAAGAGGUGGAUGCUCGUGACGACGUGGAGCAGCAGGAGCAAUGCACAUCGUCCAGCUUUGACCAGACAACUAUUCCACUCUCCUUCAAUCGUGGCUCGCCCAGCUAUAGCGUAAGCAGCGAACUCUCCGACUUGUCCUCGCCACGCACGGAUGCGCCCGUUUAUUCAAUUGUGGUGGAGUCCACCAAUUCUAUUAGUGACUCACGUUCGCCCGCCUCCCAUACGCCCAACUCGUUUCUGCCCAGCGACACGAAUGUCUCCCAGAACUCCAGCCCACGUGCUCAUGGUGUAGGUGGCGAGGGUGGCUCGAAUCGUUCGCUCUAUCGUGCAAACAGUUUGGAAACGGUGGAUGAUCUGGACACCACGAAGGGCUCCUUGGAGGAAGACGACGAUGUGGAUGAGGAGGAUGAGUGUGUCAUAGCGCUCGAUGGCACCGAGGUACGAGGCUAUGUGGCGCGUGCCGAGCCUGUGGCUGCUUGCAACAGCGCCGAGUUGUUUGCCUUCAAGCAACAGGACGAAACGGAGCAGCAGGCCAACCAAGCGCCAUGUCCUUCAUUGGUCGCCACGGCUAACAGUGACUCAGUAAUGGCCUAUACCAUCAACUUGGACAGCGUGGACAGCGUUGAGGUGCAGCCGGCAGUGGCAACGGUUACCACCAUUGUCGGCUCCAGCAAUGAAUCCGUGGCCACAGUUGCCUUCAGCGAGCACAAGGAUCAGCAGGAGAAGCAGGAUCAACAGCAAGAAGAGGAACAGGAGUCGGAGAUGCCAAUGAAUGUGGAUGAAGGAGAGGAAGCUCCAGUGAUAUCCCAACAAGCAGUGGCACCUACCCAAAGCGCUAUCGAUCCAGCUGAUUCAAUUGCCAUAGAUCUGGACUCCGACAUGGACUCGAAUCCCAGCCUGCUAGUGCUUUCCGAUAAGGAGGAAAUGGAUGUGGUGAUGGUAGACGAGGGCGAGGAGAAUAAGCCGUCGGUGGAGACCCUGACUGUGACUGAGGCUGAGGCUGAGGCUAAGGAACAGGAUCAGCCCUUGGAAAUUCAACAGCCCAUCCCAGUGGAUAGCGCCACACAGCCCAUUAAUCUGGAUUCCGAUAAAGAGAUUGAGGCCGAGGAGGAGAAGGAGUCACUGGACAUUUCGCUGCCGGCAUUGACGCGCACAAGACGCACACGCCGCAGCCUGAGCGGCACGCCGCCCGUCCCGGAGCGAAGAAUACGCCUUCGCAGUGACGACAAUCUCAGAAGUGCAUCAUCCAGUCGCAGCACACCAUCCCCCUCUCCAUAUCGUCGGCGCUUGCGUUUGCGCAGCGCCAGCAGCUAUGGAACGGUCGCCGAGGAGCAGCUGCCGGAGACCGAUGCGGAAGCUUCACGUGGUACAACAGACAGUCCUGUCCCGACCAAACAUCCAUCAAUCAAACGUCGCAUUUUGCGCGGCAGUUCCUUGCCCCCGAUUUCUACUGUGCCGGUGUCCACGCCCAAGCGUCGCCCGAAGAUGGUGCCCCGUCCACUGGAGGUAAUAGACGAGACUGCCGAAGGCCAGUCGUCAACCACACCACGCACACGUUCGCGCAGGCAGCACGGCCAGUCGGCGGCCAGCGUUCCGGCUUUAGAAGCAGCUGUGCAGAAUGUGGACAGCGGAACACCGCAACGCAAGUUGCGCAGCACUAGUGAACCACCUUCGCCAAUGGCUAUUGUGGCUCCAGCCAAAGGCAAGCGUCGUCUGAAACCCAGCACAGAAGAGCCUCCGAAGCAGGAUGUUGCGCCAAGGAAUCUGCGCAGUCGACGCAGUACUGCCGAGGCAGACGCGGAACAGCCUGCGGCGUCAUCGUCAGCUCGGUCCACUGUUAGUGAUUCCAGUGUGCCCCUCAAGAAACGUGGUCGAGCCAAGAAGUAGUCUUUCCCACCUACAAAACAACAACAUAUUUAGCUAUAGUUGAUAGAAACACUAUUUUUGAUUUUUCUUUAAAUUUCUUUGGCUUGUUCAUUGAAUUCAAAUUGCCAGGAAGCGGCAAAGUUACAUAUACUGAAAUGUUAUAAAAAAAAAGAGGAUGAAAAACAAAAAAAAAGGAGAAUAACUGUUGAGCGUUUGGUGUCGUCCAAUCGUUUCUUUCUUGUACAAUAUAUCGAUAGCAUCGUUAUAGAACUGCAAGUGACUCUGGAGCUCAACAAGGUGAACGCAAAAGUUAUAACUCUAUUGAAGUGUAUUAUUAAAUUUGAAUAUAGAUAUAUACAAUUAUAUACCGAAGUUGAAAGUAUCUAUGCAAUGUUAAAUAAAAAAACCAGUGUUUUAAA